ACCGCUUUGAGUUUUGUGAUCGCCACCGACUGUUAGUAACUAUUCUCACAACAUUCCAAAUUUAAAACUUGUUUUUUUUAAUUAUUUUAUUACUUCCCACAAACAUUACAUAUCACACGUAUUAAAAUUAUCUCUACCGCUACAUAAAUUUAACUUUGCUCAUUCAAGAAUUUCAAGUGAUAUAAUAAUUUCAUUGAAUAUUAAUUGAAGGGCGACAAUGGGCAAGGGUUUCCAAUUUGCCAUUGACCGUGGGGGCACUUUCACAGAUGUGUUUGCUCGCUGCCCCAACGGUAAAGUCAGAGUUAUGAAGUUGUUGUCUGUAGAUCCGCAGAACUAUGAUGAUGCACCAAGAGAGGCGAUUAGAAGGAUUCUGCAGGAAGAAACGGGAAAAGCCCUAGAUAAAGAUGGUAAAGUGAACUCAUCUCUCAUAGAAUCAAUAAGAAUGGGUACCACAGUAGCAACUAAUGCAUUGCUUGAACGGAAGGGAGCAAAUAUGGCGCUACUGAUCAAUAAGGGUUUCAAAGAUUUGCUGCUAAUCGGGAAUCAGGCGAGGCCGGAUAUAUUUCAGUUGAAUAUAAACCGUCCAGAGGUGCUUUACAAAGAAGUGGUUGAAGUUGAUUGUAGAGUGAUACCAGCUUUAGAAGACCGCUGUGAAAUUGACAAGACCAAACUAAACUGGAAAGAAGUUUACGGAACUACGGGUCAGAAGAUGCUGGUCAUAAAAGACAUAGAUGAGGAAGCGGUUAAGAAAGAUCUAUCUGCCUUAAGAGAGAAAGGGAUAGAGAGUGUUGCUGUCGUACUCGCACAUAGCUAUAACUAUCAUGAGCAUGAAUUGCGGAUUGGGAAAAUUGCUAAAGAAAUAGGAUUCAACCAAAUAUCUCUGUCCCACUUGGUCACGUCAAUGGCCCGGCUCGUCCCGCGCGGGUACACGAGCUGCGCAGACGCAUAUCUCACGCCGCACAUACGGGACUACGUGCGGGGGUUCGCGGAGGGGUUUUCGGGGGGGUUGGAGGGGACUAACGUGCUGUUCAUGCAGUCGGAUGGGGGGUUGACGCCAAUGGACAUGUUUAAUGGCUCCCGCGCCAUUUUAUCUGGUCCAGCUGGUGGCGUGGUCGGUUACGCCCUCACCUCCUAUCAGAAAGAGACAGACUUACCUGUUAUAGGUUUCGACAUGGGCGGCACGUCCACAGACGUGUCUAGAUACGCUGGAACACUGGAACACGUGCACGAAGCGGCCACUGCCGGUGUCACCAUACAGGCUCCGCAACUUGAUAUAAACACGGUGGCGGCGGGGGGCGGGUCGGCGCUGCAGUUCCGCAGCGGGCUGCUAGCGGCCGGCCCGCGGUCCGCCGGCGCUCAGCCAGGGCCCGCUUGCUAUAGGAAGGGGGGCCCACUCACCGUCACUGAUGCUAACUUGCUGUUGGGACGCCUUCUGCCCGAGUAUUUUCCCAAAAUAUUCGGUCCGCAUGAAAACGAAGCACUGGACAAAGAAGCAACUGUUACUGCAUUCAAAAAUAUGGCGGCUGAAAUUAACAGUUUUUUAAUGAAAGACGACGCGAAAGAAAUGAGUUUAGAAGAGGUGGCGAUGGGCUUCAUUAGUGUUGCCAAUGAAGCCAUGUGCCGGCCGAUAAGGGCGUUAACAACAGCGCGCGGCUACGAUGCGCGCGCGCACGCACUCGCGUGCUUCGGCGGCGCGGGCGGGCAGCACGCGUGCGCUGUGGCUAAGCAACUCGGGAUAUCUACUGUUUUGAUACAUAAAUAUGCGGGUAUCCUAUCAGCCUACGGCAUAGCUCUAGCGGAUGUAGUGGAAGAGACACAACAGCCGUGUGCGCUGGUGUACUCGCCAAAUAAUUUCGCUGAGUUGGAUAGGCUGCUGGAUGUAUUGGCCGCCACGUGUAGGGAGAAAUUGAGGGCACAGGGUUUCAAAGACUCCCAAAUAGUAUUGGAGCCCUAUUUGCACCUGCGCUACUCUGGCACGGACUGCGCCCUCAUGGUGCCCCCUAGCCCCGGGGACUCCGCCCCUCACACUAGACAUGGGGAUUUCUAUGCAUCAUUUAUUAACAGAUACAAAAAGGAGUUCGGUUUCACGCUCUCAAAGCGGGACGUGAUGGUCGACGACAUUCGCGUCCGCGGCGUCGGCGCUAGCGAGGUCGCAGAGGAAGUGGCGCCACCUAGCGGGAAGGGGAUUGUACCGCCCGUUGAUAAGACGGUCAAAGUGUACUUCCAGGGUGGUUACCAAGACACAAACGUGUAUUUGCUAGAAAAUCUCCAACCAGAGCAGGAUAUAGCUGGACCAGCUAUAAUAAUGGACAGCCUUUCUACCAUACUCGUGGAGCCAGAUUGUCGAGCAGUUAUUACCAAAUAUGGCGACAUCCGUAUAACCAUCGGCGAAGGCAGACAGAGAGCGGUGUCGACGGCGUGCGACUCAGUACAAUUGAGUAUUUUCUCGCACCGGUUCAUGUCCAUCGCUGAACAAAUGGGAAGAGUGCUCCAGCGCACGUCCAUAUCUGUGAACAUAAAGGAGCGGCUGGACUUCUCGUGCGCGCUGUUCGGCGCGGGCGGCGCGCUCGUGUCCAACGCGCCGCACAUCCCCGUGCACCUCGGCGCCAUGCAGGCCUGCGUGCAGUACCAGAUGCAAGUCCGAGGGGAUUCCCUGAAGCCUGGAGACGUGCUCCUGUCCAACCACCCGAAGGCUGGGGGCUCGCAUCUCCCAGACUUGACUGUUAUCACUCCGGUGUUUCAUAAUUCCCCCAAGCCGAUAUUCUUCGUGGCGUCCCGGGGCCACCACGCGGACAUCGGCGGUUUGACCCCCGGCUCGAUGCCCCCACACUCCACCAGUUUGUCCCACGAGGGGGCUGCUUUUAAAUCUAUGUUGUUGGUGGACGGGGGACAUUUUAAUGAGGAGGAGUUGGUUAAAGAAUUACAACGGCCCGGAGAAGUGCCAGGUUGUUCCGGGACCAGAAACUUGGCGGACAACUUGUCGGAUUUGAAAGCUCAAGUUGCCGCUAACCAGAGGGGUAUUCAACUGGUGGGCGAAUUAAUCGAUGAGUAUGGGUUGGACGUAGUGCAGGCGUAUAUGGGACACAUACAGAAAAACGCUGAGUUGGCUGUUAGAGACAUGCUGAAGGAAAUAGCUCGUAAAACGCUAGAAACAACAGGCUCCACUAUACUAAAAGCCACAGAGUACAUGGACAACGGUACACCUAUUGUACUAACUGUGACCCUCGAUGAAAAGGAAGGCACUGCUGUGUGUGAUUUCACGGGCACUGGUGUGGAAGUGUGGGGCAAUUUAAAUGCCCCACGGGCUAUAACACUGUCAGCACUGAUCUACUGUUUGCGUUGUAUGGUGGGACAUGAUGUGCCCCUCAACCAGGGCUGUCUGACCCCAGUGACGGUGAUCGUACCUCAGGAUUCGAUCCUGGAUCCCUCUGAAGACGCAGCGGUGGUGGGCGGCAAUGUUCUCACUUCGCAGCGGAUCGUCGACGUCGUUUUGAAGGCUUUUCAGGUGUGCGCGGCGUCCCAAGGGUGUAUGAACAACCUGACGCUCGGCGAGAGCAGUUGGGGGUAUUACGAGACGGUGGCUGGGGGCAGUGGGGCAGGUCCAGGUUGGCCAGGCACUGGAGGUGUCCACACCCACAUGACAAACACGAGGAUUACUGACGUGGAGAUCAUUGAGACUCGAUAUCCGCUGAUGGUGCCCACCUUCUCAUUGAGGUCCGGAUCUGGUGGAAUGGGGAAAUGGUCCGGUGGUGACGGCGUGGUUCGCGAGCUGGUGUUCCGAAGGACGGUGCAGUUGUCCGUACUCACUGAAAGAAGGGUCUUCCAGCCUUAUGGAAUGAACGGAGGUGAACCUGGUAAAAGAGGUCUGAACCUUUUGCAAAGAGUCAAUGGGAGACUUAUCAAUUUGGGUGGAAAGGCCUCCAUAGAAGCGUACCCUGGGGAUAAAUACAUAAUGAGCUCUCCGGGCGGUGGCGGUUACGGCGUGCCCGGGACAGCCGGUCCAGAUGUUCGUACAGGCGAGAAAUUCAACAAAUUUGUUGAAAGGGGAAGCGUGUAUGAGUAUAGAAGUGCGCAGGAGUCGAUAUAAGCGUAUAAACAGUUAUCAACAAGUUAAUAUGCGUUUUGGUUUCAAUAUCGAGAUGUAUUAAAUAGAAAACAAUAAAAAAAGACAAUAAAUAUUUACAAUUUACUAGAAUAUCGCACAUUUUAACAAUUCUUUUAUUUCAUUUUAUUUUUUAUGAUAUUGUUUUAUAUCAAUAUACUGCUUCAAUUAAUUUCAAGUAAUUAAUAAUUUUUUUUAUUUGUUUAUAUAUAUUUACAACACAAGCACAAAAUAGAUUUCUAAGAGAGAUUUAAUUUCUCUUAUUAUUUACAUAAUUUUAAGUUGUGUAACUUGAUCAAAUUUUUAUAGAUUAAUAUGUAUUUUUAUACUCUAUAAUUUAUUUUAAUAAUAUCUGUGCAUUUUUAGCUUUAAAGUUAAGUACAAACAAACAGUACAAUUUUCAUUAUAUACUGUAGACUUUAUAUUUCAGAGUGCAAUAAUAAGAAUUUAGUAAUACAUAGGUUUUUCUGAAAUUCAAUAUACAAAUGUUAUUUAUAUAUUUUACACUUAUAUUGUUAUAUUGGUGUUUUCGUUGCUAAAAAUACGUAGUUUGGUUGAAAUAAAUGCAAUUCA